AUGCGCCACCGCAGCCAUUGUUGCCCACUUGAGAUUGAUCAACAGAGCCUAGGUCAACAGCCAGUCAACUCCGCCUGGAAACCAUCUCAAACAACUCCGCCUGGAAACAAUCUCAAAAAUGCAUACCUGGAUUGGCCAUUCCAUGCCGCCAAACCACUCUCAACCACCACCCCAUCCUCGAUCUUCAAGCAACAUGAUCUGAUGGCCAAAGCGUCCCAGACCAAGGAAGGCCAAGAACUAUCCAUGCGAUGGAUGACUAACUCAUCCACCUCUCAAAUUGAUUCCGAUAGAGAAACGAUCAUCAAGCUGCUCUACUCGAUUGCCUCCAAACAUGAAGUCAGAAGAUACCUCAGGAUUUUCUCAAACGCAAACACCUUUGCAGUCCUCAAAUUUGACGGUGUGAUCUUGUCUGAGGAUCUAAAAUCACUCUCCUUGAGCCUUAGCUUCUUGAAUAAGGUAGGAUUAUAUCUGGUUGUCUGUCACGGAAUGGGAGCUCAGCUCAAUAAGCUACCUAUUUACUAUGCCAUAUGGAUAGACCUCAAGAUCAUCUUUGACUGA